AUGGUGGGGUCGCUUACGGUACAUCACACGCAUUCGCUGAACGCUCAUUGUUGUUGGUUAUGUAAGGCGGAGGCCGCGUCGAUGCCGCUGCGCUGCUUCGAGUCAACGAACGGCAUUGACAUGCGCCCGCCUCCCGCCGCUGGCCGCCGCUUCGCCGCCCGCGCAUCUCUUACCGCCCCGCGGCGCCCCACGCCGCUGCUGAAACCAGCAGCUGCGAAAUUGGGUCACGAGCUCCGAGCCACCUCACGUAUACACCGCCCAUUUAACAGAGACCUCUGA